AUGGCCAAAACCUACCUCCACCUCGUCCGCCACGCCCAGGGCUUCCAUAACCUCAAUGCCGCCAAUCACUCCCUCCCGGAUCCCGACCUAACACCCCUUGGCGAAAAGCAAUGCGAAACGCUCUCCCAGAUCUUCCCUUACCACUCCAAAAUAACCCAUUUAAUAGCCUCCCCGCUCCGCCGGACACUUUAUACCGCUCUCCUCAGCUUUCCGGCCGCCGUGAAAGCCGGCCACAAGCUACUCGCUGUCCCAGAGCUACAAGAGACAUCCGAUUUACCUUGUGAUACGGGCUCCUCGCCAGCGGCGUUGAAAGCCGAAUUUGAGGGAAACCCGAAAUGGAAUGUGGAUUUAAGUCGUGUGCAAGAAGGGUGGAAUGUUAAGACUGGGAAAUACGCACCAACAGCCUCGGCAAUCUCCUCAAGAGCUCUCGAAGCUCGUCUUUUCCUCCGCUCCCUCGCCUCCCAAUCUUCUCAAGCCGCCUCAGGUGAAGAUGUCCAUAUCGUCGUGGUGACACACGGCGGCUAUCUCCACUACUUCACUGAGGACUGGGACGGGGAGUCGAAGUUCUGCGGAACGGGGUGGGCGAAUACGGAAUUUAGAAGCUACGAGUUUUCAGGUGGGGAAGAGGAUGAGAAUGCUGGUCUGAGAGAGUUGGAAGAGAGUAGAGAGAGGAGGAAAGCGAUUCCGCUUACAGGGGACGAGAAAAGGGAGCUGAACAGUGUAGCGGAAGGGGAGCUAGGUGGUAUUGGGAACCAGGUCAAUGGGAACGGGAAUGCCGAAGGAGAGAAGACAAAGUUGUGA